GGGUGAGGGAGAGGGAGUAGAGGUACUCGGCCGUAGCUCUCGACGGUAACAGCGGUCCUUUCUGUUGCAACGUCGUCUCGUCGACACUCGUGCAACAACAGUUUUUCGACCUAGAAAUUUAUCCGAAAACAUCCAAAAAUGGUGAACUUCACAGUAGAUGAGAUCCGUGGCAUGAUGGACAAAAAACGGAAUAUCCGUAACAUGUCCGUCAUUGCUCAUGUGGAUCAUGGAAAGUCAACCUUGACCGAUUCUUUGGUAUCCAAAGCUGGUAUUAUUGCUAAUGCUAAGGCUGGUGAUAUGCGUUUUACCGACACACGUAAAGAUGAACAAGAUCGUUGUAUCACAAUCAAGUCUACCGCUAUUUCUAUGUACUUCGAAUUGCAAGAGAAAGAUUUGGUCUUCAUCAAGAACCCUGACCAACGUGAUGUGACAGAAAAAGGAUUUUUGAUCAACUUGAUUGAUUCACCUGGGCACGUUGAUUUCUCUAGUGAAGUCACUGCUGCUCUUCGUGUCACUGAUGGAGCUUUAGUUGUUGUCGAUUGUGUCUCUGGUGUGUGUGUUCAAACUGAAACUGUGUUGCGUCAAGCUAUCGCUGAAAGAAUUAAGCCUAUUUUGUUCAUGAACAAGAUGGACCGUGCUCUUUUGGAAUUGCAAUUAGAAUCUGAAGAUCUGUAUCAGACUUUCCAACGUAUUGUUGAAAACGUAAAUAUCAUUAUCGCCACAUACUCAGAUGACAGUGGUCCAAUGGGUGAAGUUCAGGUUGACCCUAGCAAAGGAAGUGUUGGUUUUGGAUCUGGUCUACACGGAUGGGCUUUUACUUUGAAACAGUUCGCUGAAAUGUAUGCUGAAAAAUUCAAGAUUGACGUUGUGAAGCUUAUGAACAGACUUUGGGGUGAGAACUUCUUUAACACCAAAACAAAGAAAUGGGCUAAGCAAAAGGAUGAUAAUAACCAACGAUCAUUCAACAUGUACAUCUUGGACCCUAUUUACAAAGUCUUCAAUUGUAUCAUGAACUAUAAGAAAGAUGAAGCCACUGACCUUUUGAAAAAACUUGGAAUUGAGUUAAAACAUGAAGAUCAAGACAAAGACGGAAAAGCUUUAUUAAAGGUUGUUAUGCGUACCUGGUUACCUGCUGGAGAAGCUUUACUUCAGAUGAUUGCUAUUCACUUGCCAUCCCCUGUUGUUGCUCAAAAAUACCGUAUGGAAAUGUUAUACGAAGGUCCUCACGAUGAUGAAGCCGCCCUUGGAGUGAAGAACUGUGAUCCUGAUGCACCACUUAUGAUGUACAUUUCCAAAAUGGUGCCGACUUCUGAUAAAGGACGGUUCUACGCUUUUGGACGUGUGUUCUCUGGAAGGGUUGCCACUGGCAUGAAAGCUCGUAUCAUGGGACCCAACUACACUCCAGGAAAGAAAGAAGAUUUGUACGAAAAGGCUAUCCAAAGAACAAUUUUGAUGAUGGGACGUUAUACUGAAGCUAUUGAAGACGUUCCCAGUGGUAACAUCUGUGGAUUGGUCGGCGUUGAUCAGUUUUUGGUGAAAACUGGAACGAUCACUACAUUUAAGGAUGCCCACAACAUGAAGGUGAUGAAGUUCAGUGUAUCCCCUGUGGUGCGCAUUGCUGUUGAGCCCAAAAAUCCUGCUGACCUGCCCAAAUUGGUUGAAGGACUUAAACGUUUAGCGAAGUCUGAUCCUAUGGUCCAAUGUAUUAUUGAAGAAUCUGGUGAACACAUUGUUGCUGGUGCUGGAGAAUUACAUUUGGAAAUUUGCCUCAAGGACUUGGAAGAAGACCACGCUUGUAUCCCAAUCAAGAAAUCAGACCCAGUUGUGUCAUACAGAGAAACUGUCAAUGAAGAAUCAGAAAUUAUGUGCUUAUCAAAAUCGCCCAACAAACACAACAGAUUGUUCAUGAAAUGUGAACCCUUCCCAGACGGUUUGGCUGAAGACAUCGAAGGUGGACAAGUCAAUCCUAGAGAUGAAUUCAAAGCACGUGCCCGUUAUCUAGGAGAAAAGUAUGAAUACGAUGUGACUGAAGCACGUAAAAUUUGGGCUUUCGGUCCAGAUGGUACUGGUCCCAACUUGUUAAUUGACGUCACAAAGGGAGUACAAUAUCUUAAUGAAAUUAAAGAUUCCGUUGUUGCUGGUUUCCAAUGGGCCACCAAAGAGGGAGUCUUGGCUGAAGAAAACAUGCGUGCAGUUAGAUUCAAUAUUCACGACGUUACAUUACACGCUGAUGCCAUUCAUAGAGGAGGUGGUCAAAUUAUUCCAACCGCUCGUCGAUGCAUGUACGCUUGUAUUUUAUCUGCCCAUCCCAGGAUUAUGGAGCCGGUGUACUUGUGUGAAAUUCAGUGUCCCGAAGUCGCAGUUGGUGGAAUUUACAGUGUUUUGAACAGACGUAGAGGACACGUAUUUGAAGAAAGUCAAGUAGUUGGAACUCCUAUGUUUGUCGUCAAAGCAUAUUUGCCUGUCAAUGAGUCUUUCGGAUUCACAGCAGAUUUGCGCAGCAAUACUGGUGGACAAGCUUUCCCACAAUGUGUGUUUGACCACUGGCAGGUAUUCCCUGGUGAUCCGUGCGAACCUGGAACUAAGACAUACACUGUUGUUAUGGAUACACGUAAACGCAAGGGUCUCAAGGAAGGAUUACCAGACAUUAACAAUUACUUCGAUAAAUUGUAAACAUAAUGUUAACUCUACAAUUUCCGCAUAUAUUUUUUUUAUUAUUUUAUUGUUAAACACAAUAGUACCGAGAAUUUGAUGUAUUUAUUUCCAUAUAUAAAUAUUAUUUUUUGGUUUUAA